UACUUGUGAUCUCUGUCAAAUAAAUAAAUAAAAUCUUAAAAAAAAAAAAAUCCAAGCUUCUCACGAGGCCCAUAGGGCCCUGUGCACCUGGGCUAACCUCCACCAUACUAUUCUUUCCCCCUUGUUCACUACACCAGAGCCACCCAGGCCUCAGUUUUUUUGUUUGUUUGUUUGUUUUUGUUUUUUUCCUAUUGCACCAAGCUUAUUCCUACCUUAGGGACCUUUGCACCUACUGCUCCUUCUUUCUGGAACACUCUACACACUCACUUCUUGGUUUACAUAUGGCUAGCUCCUCAUCCCUUAGUUCUCAGCUUAAAAGUCACCUCCACUGAGAAGCCUUGCCAAAUCCCCGCUAAGCAGCCCCCGACACACACCCACUAUUUUCUAUCGUUCCAUCCUUUUUCUUCAUAGCACUUGCUGCAAGUUGUAAUGAUAUACUCCUUUGUUUACGUGUUUCUUUUCUUCUACUGGUCUGUGAACCAAUGAGGGCAGAAACUGUCUAUUCCUUUUCCCUAGGAGCUAGCAUAGAGACAGACCCACAGCAGGCCCUCCAUAUUUGUUGAGUGAGUGAAUGGACAAGCCAAGCAAGAUUGGAAGCCAGGGUCUGGCCAUUCAGUUUAUGUAGCUACUUCCUUGCCACAGCAGGCUGGGCCCCAGCCCGAGCAGGAUCUGGUUUCUAGGGAGGGCCCAAACCCCCUCCAUUCCAGGAAGUGUUUGUCCUGGGUCCUGAGUGGGUCUCAGGUCUCAGAAAGUUUGGCAUAGGGGCCAGGCAUCCAGCCCCCUGCCUGGCAGCUGAGGGCUCCUGUCUCUACUCAGCCGGGACUGCCCCCGACCUGUUCUGGGACCCGGACUCCUUCCUGAAGUCAGCAAGGCUGCAGCGGCUGCCAUCCACGUCGUCGGAGAUGGGCAGCCAGGACGGGUCCCCACUGCGGGAGACGCGCAAGGACCCUUUCUCCGCGGCAGCGGCCGAGUGCUCCUGCCGCCAGGAUGGACUUACAGUCAUUGUCACAGCCUGCCUCACUUUUGCCACGGGUGUCACUGUGGCGCUAGUCAUGCAGAUUUACUUCGGAGACCCUCAGAUCUUUCACCAGGGUGCCGUGGUGACUGAUGCCGCCCAUUGCACAUCGCUGGGCAUCGAGGUGCUCAGUAAACAGGGAUCUUCUGUGGAUGCCGCUGUGGCAGCAGCCUUGUGUUUGGGGAUCGUGGCUCCGCACAGUUCUGGCCUAGGCGGUGGGGGCGUGAUGCUGGUCCACGACAUCAGAAGAAAUGAGAGCCACCUAAUUGAUUUCCGGGAGUCUGCACCAGGGGCCCUCAGGGAAGAGGCCCUGCAGAGAUCCUGGGAAACCAAGCCUGGGCUCUUGGUGGGGGUCCCCGGAAUGGUGAAGGGGCUACAUGAAGCUCACCAGCUCUAUGGCAGGCUGCCAUGGUCCCAAGUCCUGGCUUUCGCAGCAGCUGUGGCCCAAGAUGGCUUCAACGUGACCCAUGAUCUAGCCCGUGCCCUGGCCGAACAGCCUCCGCCCAAUGCAUCUGAGCGUUUCCGUGAGACAUUCCUGCCAUUGGGCCACCCGCCACUACCGGGCUCACUGCUGCGUCGGCCUGACCUGGCCGCAGUGCUGGAUGUGCUGGGCACCUCCGGCCCCGCCGCCUUCUACGCAGGAGGCAAUCUCACACUGGAGAUGGUGGCCGAGGCCCAGCACGCAGGGGGUGUCAUAACUGAGGACGACUUCAGCAACUACAGUGCCCUCGUGGAGAAUCCCGUGUGUGGCGUGUACAGAGGCCACCUGGUUCUCAGUCCCCCACCCCCGCAUACGGGUCCUGCCCUCAUCAGUGCUCUCAACAUCCUUGAAGGCUUCAAUCUCACCACGCUGGUUUCCCGGGAGCAGGCUCUUCACUGGGUGGCAGAGACCCUGAAGAUCGCUUUAGCCCUGGCCAGCAGACUGGGAGAUCCUGUCUACGAUUCUACCAUCACUGAGAGCAUGGAUGACAUGCUCAGCAAGGUAGAAGCCGCCUACCUCCGGGGCCACAUCAAUGACUCCCAGGCGGCCCCUGCCCCACUUCUGCCCGUCUACGAGUUGGAUGGGGCUCCCACAGCUGCUCAGGUGCUGAUCAUGGGCCCUGACGACUUCAUUGUGGCCAUGGUCAGCUCCCUGAACCGCCCUUUUGGCAGUGGCCUCAUCACCCCCUCGGGGAUCCUGCUCAACAGCCAGAUGCUAGACUUCUCGUGGCCCAACAGGACUGCUAACCACUCUGCACCCAGCCUGGAGAAUUCGGUGCAGCCAGGGAAGCGACCACUGUCUUUCCUGCUGCCCACCGUGGUCCGGCCAGCGGAGGGGCUCUGUGGGACCUACCUCGCCCUGGGGGCCAAUGGAGCUGCCCGGGGCCUCAGCGGACUGACCCAGGUUUUACUGAAUGUUCUGACCUUGAACCGGAACCUGAGUGACAGCCUGGCCCAUGGCCGUCUGCAUCCAGACCUGCAGUCCAACCUCCUGCAGGUGGACAGUGAGUUCACAGAGGAAGAGAUUGAGUUCCUGGAAGCCAGGGGUCACCAUGUGGAGAAAGUAGAUGUCUUAUCCUGGGUCCAUGGCAGCCGGAGAACCAACAACUUCAUCAUUGGUGUGAAGGACCCUCGGAGCCCAGACGCAGCUGGAGCCACCAUCCUGUAGAGCAGCGGGGUGGGGCGGGGGUCUCUGUUCCCCCGCUUUGCAUGUUCCUAGAGUCCCUCCUUCUCCCAGGUUUGGUCUCAGGGGGACCCCAGGGAUGCCCUAGAUCAUGGGCCAGAGGGGAUACUUAACAAACCCUAUCCCAGAGUAACUGGAAAAUUCUCUAACCAGAAGCCUGUGGUGGUGGUGAUGGUGGUGGUGGUGGUGGUGAGUGUCCGUGUCCACAACCGGGCAGACAGUUCCUUGAGGAGUCAGGCUGUCUGUCUGUCUCCUUUCCCUCAGCCAUGCUGGCCCUGAGCUUAGGGAUGUGCUUGCAAACCCUUCUCAAGGGUCCUCACAACCCCAACAUCUCCAGUCUGGCCUGACCUGGACCUUGUCUUCCAGCUCCCUUCUCCUGUCCCCAGCCUCAUUUCUUAAAUGACUAGGAUUUUUUUAAUGGACCAUCCUGGGGAGGGGGUGCUCCUCUCUUCCUCCCACCAAGUUGAAGUGGGGCCUUGCAUCUGGGGGGGGCAGGUUGUGGGUACGGGUGGGGGUGGGGACCAGCUCAGGGGCUUCCAUUUGCAAAGGGGAAUUAAAGAAAGACUAUUG